AUGGAAGACUCAGAACAACCAUAUGGAUCCUUAUCCGUAGAAAACAACAAAUAUAAAACAAAACCAUACAAAUUCAAUUCGAGCAUCUACGAAGAAGAAGAAAUUGAUAAUUUUAUCCUUUCUAUCAGAGAAAUCAUCAUCAACAACGUAAUGUUAGAAAUAGAUCGCAUUGAUUUGACUACCAGAACUAUAGCGUUUAUAGUAGACAUAGGCUGCGACGCUCUAUGGAGAAUGUUGAACAUUGAAUUCAUCCAGCACACGGAAUCUUUCGAUUUUGAUACCCCCGCUUGGAAGGGCGACAGUUGUAUGAAGCCAUCGCCGAAAGAUACUUGGACGGCCAAAUCGAUACCUAUCGUGCCUACGAAGAGCGCUAGACCUUCCAAAGACUUUUCAAAAUUUCUUCCGAAAAUCUGCGACUGUCAACAACUUGGUAUACCUUGCGAGUGCCUACUGCCGGCAGCCAAAAGAGAUAUGGAUCAAAUGAAAUUAAUACAAGAACCUAUAGAAAUAAAUAUUCCCAGCAUAGUGAAUUAUGUAGAAGAAAAUCAAAGUUCGAUCGACGAAGAAGAAGAAUUAGAACAGUCUUUCCACGAAUCUUAUCCGAAAGUUUCGUCGGUUGUAGAUGAUACGUCGAAGUCUAUGGCAUCGCUAAAAUCAGAAUUCUCAUCAGAUGAGGAAAAAAGAAUAAAAUGCAUUCUUAGUGAAGGGUUUUCGAAGUUGCAAGAAAAAAAGAAACAAGUUUCCUUGCCUAUUUUGAACGUAACUCAUCCCAUGAGAGCCGUGUCGUUAACGAACAUGAUUUCCGAAUUGCCCGCCUUAAGGGUAUCCGUUAAAACUGAAUGCGAAACUGUUAAGGAUGAUCCGAAACCUACAAAGAAAAAGAUUUUACAAUAA